AUGUCUAAGCGGCAGCGGGGACAGGAGAAGCAGGCGAACUGCGCCUGCAAAAGGUCACGGCCUGAACCUGAUCGGAAGCACCUCUAUCUGGUACUCGAUGACUGGGAAGAUGGGUUCAGCAUCCACAAGAUUGACGCCGCCGACGAUGACGCGGACCUUGGCCAGCCACCCGUCCUCCGGUUGGUGUCGCCGGCACCUGCUUAUCCAAUGCGCUUUGCGGUCCUGGGCAGCAACAUCGUCAUCGUCACCGACCCAUAUUGUGGUCAGGCUCCCACACUUGUCUAUGACACGAAAAGAACAGGACUCGCCGUCGGCCCUCCACUCCCCGGUCCACUGGUAGGUGAUUUCCACGCCUCCGUGGCCACUGCGGAGAUGCUGUAUGCGCUGAGUUUUUGCCAGUGGGGUCAGCAGCACUCCUUUGAGGUGAUGUCUCGGGCUCCUCCAAGUCCUCGUACCAUGGGCUGGUCAUGGAGAAGCGUGCCCUCGCCGCCGCCGUUCGAGGAGGAUGAAUGGAUCACCUCCUACGCCGUGCACCCGGAUGGACACACCAUCUUCAUGUCUGUGCUCAACAAUCACAAUAUGAAACGCCGUACCUUCUCCUUCGACACCGGGCACGUCGAGUGGAGGUUCCAUGGGGAACGGGCCUUGCCUUUCCAAGGCCAGGGCUACUAUGACAGCACGCUGGACGCAUGGGUUGGCCUUCGCGAGGAUGGCUACGUCUGCGCCUGCCAGGUCGCGCCCCGCAGCGGCGCCAUGCGGCCGGAGUGGAAGAUCGUCAAGGAGAAGAUGUUCCACAAGGUCCCGGAGAGGAAGCAGGCUGCGUCGUAUGCCACUCUCACGUACAUGGGCAACGCCAGGUUUUGCCUUAUGGAGUCCGUUGUACGUGAGGAAGUGGAGUAUGAGGAUGCCUUUGGUGAUUGUGAUGGCUGCAUGCUCCAUAUGACCAGGUUUGGCCUCAGGUACAGUCAUAAGGGAGAGCUGCAGACGACCAUCGAUUUUACCACCAGCUCUUAUCCAUUGUCGAAGCAUUUCACAGAUUUUUCUCCUGUAGCGUUCUGGAUGUAG